AAACCAAUUGAUAUCGCGUAUAUACAACUGUGCGAAGAUCGUCGCUGCUUCUUGUGUGAAAAAAUAUUCUUAUCUGAUUUUGAGUAAUCGAGAAAGUUUAUAAAGUGGAUAGACCGUAGCAGCUAGUAUCAGAAGUUUAACGUGACCCAGAAUUACACCAAUGUUUUAAUUGUGACCAGUCUCUGCAGCCCUUAACAAGUUGUAUAUUGUUUUAUUUACGAUAUUUUGUAGCAGGUUCUGCUUUUUCGGUUGCGAAUGAAAACGUGAAUUAGCACGAAAAUUCACUACUUAUUACGAAUAUCUUAAGGGAGAUCAGAAAACUGAUAAACAUGACAAUUACAAGCAUAAGAAAUUAUCACAGAAACGUUCCAAACGACUUGAAAUACCCACACCAAGAUAACGUACUUUAAAAUUCAUUAGGAAUAUUAUUCUGUGAUACAGACGCGAUUUAUUGCCAGUCUAAGAACGAGCCAAUGAUAUAUGUAACAUAGCACGACAUAACAUAAUAUAACAUAAUAUAAAACAAAAAGAAAAACAUGAGGAUGAGCCGGAAAGUUAGUGACCCAGGUUCCUGCGGCACGAUUCAUUUAACUUGGAACCUGCGCCCGCAAGAACAGAAAAAGGAAACAAAGUCAGAAACGACGAGCAUGACGGAUAUAGAAGUCGAUUUAGAAAAAGUAGACGAUGGUGCCGAGAAGAAAGUCAAACCCGCCAAGAGUAGAAUUUAUUUACAAUUAAUAUCAAGCAUUGUAGUUAACCUAACACUAUUGGCUUCUGGAAUAUGUUUCACUUGGUCAGCAAUUGCUGUAGAACAAUAUGAAGACCUAAAAAAUGUCGACAAUGCAGGCUGGGUAGUUGCUGCGUUGAAUAUUGGUGCCGUCUUCGGACCUAUUCUAUCUGCAUUACUGCUAAAUCGCAUCGGCAGGAAAUGGCUCAUCUAUGCAACGAGCGUCCCAUUUAUCGCCUGUUGGAUACUCACGUAUUUUGAAAAAUCCUGGGUGUAUCUUUUCAUGGCAAGAUUCUGCGCUGGUAUAUCGAUCGGUAUCUUAUACGCCGCAGUCCCACUGUAUAUCGGAGAACUGGUAGAGACAAAAAUUAGAGGAGUGUGCAGCUCGAUGAUGCCUGUGAUGCUUCAUUUGGGAUAUAUUUUCGUAUACGGAGUUGGUCCGCGAGUGGAUAAAAAGACGUUCGCAUUGAUGAAUAUAAUACCAACAGCUUUAUUUCUAUUAACUGCUAUAUGGUUACCGGAAUCGCCUUAUUAUUACUUAAUGAAAAAUAAGGAAAAAUGUGCCGCGCUAACCAUGACAUGGCUAAGGCGUAAGAAUGACAAUAAUGACGAGAUAGAGGAGAUGAAGAAAUCGAUAGAAGUGGAAAAACAUGGUGGCUACAAGGAAUUAUUCACGGUGAAGGCACACAAAAAAGCGCUUUUGCUCGUGUUAUUAUUACUUUCUGGUCAACAAUUUUCCGGAUAUAUGGGCGUUUUAUCCUAUGCCAGCACUUUGGUUAAAAGUUUCCAUACAAAUUUCGAUGAUAAUUUCAUUCUUCUGAUAAUAAGUGCGAUAUCUAUGAUUACAUCCUUAAUAUCUUCGUGUAUAGUCGACAAACUCGGUAGGAAACCCGUUUUCCUAAUAUCGUCGUACGGUAGUUCGCUAUGUCUUAUCGUCAUUGGAGUGUAUUUCUUGCUUGAGAAAUUAGAUAUGGACGUUCGUAGCCUCUCUUUGAUACCAUUAAUCGCGCUCAUAUUUUACAUUGUUAGCGUCGCAUUUGGUCUAAGCUCGAUUCCAGCGAUCGUCACCUCGGAGAUUUUCUCGAUAGACAUGAAAAAUUGGGCAACCAUGGUCACUAAUAUUUACGGAUCAGUACUCGGCAUAAUCGUAGGCAAAGGUUACCAAUUCAUAUCAGAUCAUGUUGGAAGUCACUUAAUAUUUCUCAUCUUUGCUAGUAUCGAACUUAUAAUUGCUAUCACUGCUUCCGUCGUCAUGCCGGAAACAUCACGAAAGACUUUCAGUCAGAUUCAGGAAAUUUUAAAUAAAAGCACAGCUAAACAUUCGAAUAAGACGGAAGGCGGAGAAGAGGAAACGAAAUAAAAAAACCUAUGCAUUCUAUUUAUUUAAACUUCUUCUGUGAUUUUCAUUGCAUCAUUGGAACCCUAUUUCAAACUGUUCAAUUACCACGGGAAAGUGUGAGCGUCUCAUAUACGUUCAUGUAUGCAAAUUCUUCAAACCUCUGGAAAUGUUAAUACGAAAUAAAUGAGUAGAAUAUUAAGAAAAAAGAAUAAAAAACAUUUUAUUAU